AUGGACGACGGGAAGAAGUGGGUCCGGGAGAAGUGCGUCUUGACGGGACACUGGGCGUUUGUCACCUCGGUGCAGUUCUCUGCCGAUGACAAGUCGCUGGUUUCUUCAAGCAUGGAUGGGACCAUCAGGGUGUGGGAUGUUGAGAACGGCGAGCCGCUGGUGGACAUGGGAUUCAGUGCUAACGCUCAGAACCGCUCCAAGAUGCACAUACCUGCAUUGCGGCAUAUUUCCCACCUUCACAUGGAGGAUGAACUUAUCACGGAUGGUUCGGAGCAGAGGUUCCGAUGGGAGAGAGACGAGUUCUCCGCUCCAAUGAGGCUCUGCAAGCUGCAGGACUAUGAUGGGUGGGGAAGACAAUUGGAAGCGCGGUUUCAAUACGUCAACGUGGACAACGGAGAGAUCGUCUACACGUCAAGCGGUUGGCUGCGCACCCUCAAGGGGCAUCAAGGGUCUGUCAACUCCGUGAUUUGGGCAUCCAAAUCAGCCACUCUGAUCUCUUGCGGCGAUGACGGGACCAUCCGAUUCUGGGAUGGGCAGAAUACUGUCAAUACCGACAUGGUGCUUGACGAUCGCUUCGCUGAAGGAACAGCCGGCUACUCCAUCCUCUCGAUCGAGGAUGAAAUGACGCCCGGGGAGACGGAAGAUAGCAUGGAGCUUGAGACAGACGAGAUCAUCAAAUUGAAGAUCAGGUUCUCCGAGACAGGCUUCUUCUUCCGCCAGCAAUGCGAUGUGCGUCACAUCCCGGCGAAGAGGAUCAAGAGGACGUUGUGCUCGUUCAGCGAGAGGAUGCGAAACCCGGUCUACCGGAUUGAGCGGGAUGAUGGCACCGUCCUCUUCGACUGGGACAGCUCCCUGCACGUCUUCGAGGGGCAUGAAGGAGCCGUUCACUCAGUGGCUCUCAAUCCAGCUGAGACUAAGGUGAUCUCUGCAUCGGAGGAUACUACCAUCCGAGUGUGGGAGAUGCCCAAGAUCGUGCCGGGCAAGUUGCCUGAGGCAUCCUGCCUCUUCAUCAUCUCAACCACGCCGACCAUCCCCAUCUCCUCAGCCGUGGUCGACUCAUCCUCGGGUGUGCUGAUCUGCUCCGGAAGGCAGAAAGGAUCGUUAUUCUUUGUUAGCGACGAUGACUUGAAGAAGAAGCUGCUGACCUGAGGCUGGCUUGCCCUCCCUCCAGCAGGCAGACCUGCGCACACCGUUCGAACUGCUUCGCUCGAGAGUACCUAGAGACGGUGGACAGCAGCAGUGUUUUAUGGAUUGAAGCAGAAGAGUAAAGGCAGCUACCUUG